UUUUCUAUAUGGCAGCUAUCGGACAAUUAAUUGUGUGCCGAAACACAGACGAUGCAGUUAAAGUAUUAAGAGCCAUACUAAUAAUUUCACGACCAGAAACGGAAGGUAUGUUAUUGAAUGGUGAAGAAACUACUUGCGAAAGAGAGAAGAAUAAAUUAAGAUCAGUUCUAACAGGUAUCCUAGAUUAUGAAGAUAUCGAAAAUUCAGAAAAUAACAAUGACAAUAAUGACAUUAUUGAGGAAGAUGCAAUUAACGAGAUAGAAGACAAUGAAUGGUCAAGAAGGGGUAACGAAAUUAAUAAUCAAGUAGACCAAAUAUUAAAUGAAGUCGCCAAUCGAGAUAAUGCCCAUUAUUUUCCAACAUUAGCAAAACGUUUAUUACAAGACAUUGCUAUAUUCCCCUUAUGGUCAAACGUUUGCCGUGACAAUUUUGGUUAUGGACGAAUACCAGCAUCUAGUGCAAGUGUCGAAGGGGAAUUUAAUAAAAUAAAAAAUUGCAUUUUAAAGAAUUAUAGUGUUCCUAUGAGAUGCAUUUUUAAAAAUUUAUUUAGAUUAUCUUCGCGGAAAAAUAAAAAUUGUUGACGCUGAGGGACAAAACGACUUAAUAACAUUAAUUAAUUCAGCAAACAUUGAGGAACAUGAUGACAUGGAAAAAAUUAAAAAUGAAAAUACUUUACAAAUUAUUAAUGUCUCACUCCAGAAAGAUCAACCAAAGUCGUGCCCUGCUUGUAACAAUGGUGAC